UGCGUCAGUGUUGUUUGGCUACAUGGGAAAUGACGUUUGUGGAUGUUCUGGAAAGAGCCAGAUUUUUUUCCCAAGAGCCGGGCGGAAUGGGUUUUAUAUAAAGCCAGUUGCAGGCAGGGCAGGGAGAGUGAGUGAGCAGCACCGAGAGAGAAGCUUGUCAGCCCAACGUUGGCAGACUGGCAGGAGGUGUCUGGUAAUUAACCCGCUGCGUCAUCUCGGAGCCUUUUGCCUGCUUUUGAAGGGGAAUCUGCAGUCUUCCAACGUACGAUGGGCAAAGAUUAUUACAGCACUCUGGGGUUGCAGAGAGGAGCUUCCGACGAAGAGAUCAAGAAGGCUUAUCGCAAGCAAGCUCUGAAAUGGCAUCCGGAUAAGAACAAGUCGCCCAACGCAGAGGACAGGUUCAAGGAGGUAGCCGAAGCCUACGAGGUGUUGAGCGACCCCAAGAAGAGGGAAAUCUACGAUCAGUUCGGGGAAGAAGGUUUGAAAGGAGGAGCUGGUGGGACUGAUGAGCAGGGAGGAACGUUCCGGUACACUUUCCACGGAGACCCUCAUGCCACCUUUGCUGCAUUCUUUAAUGGUGUCAACCCUUUCGAGAUGUUCUUUGGAAGGAGGAUGGCAAAUGGCCAACAUGAAGAGGCCAUGGACGUGGACUCUGACCUCUUUGGCCACUUUGGGGGCUUCAGCAUGAAUGGCUUCCCCAGGGAUCGGCACAGAGGAGGGAUGAUGGGGCAGGUGCAGCGCAAGCAGGAUCCCCCCAUCAUCCAUGAGCUCCGAGUGUCCUUGGAGGAGAUCUACAAUGGCUCCACCAAGAGGAUGAAGAUUUCCAGGAAGCGGCUCAACCCCGAUGGCAGGAGCAUCAGGAUGGAGGACAAAAUACUGACCAUUGAAAUUAAAAAGGGCUGGAAGGAGGGAACUAAGAUCACAUUCCCAAAGGAAGGUGACGAAAUGCCCAACACUAUUCCAGCAGACGUGGUUUUUGUCCUGAAGGAUAAGCCUCAUCCCCACUUCAAGAGGGACGGAUCAAAUAUUGUCUACCAUGCUCGGGUCAGCCUAAGGGAGGCUCUGUGCGGGUGUACAAUUCACGUGCCCACCAUGGAAGGCAGGUCUGUCUCAUUAACGACUCAGGAAGUGAUUAAGCCAGGCGCAAGAAAGAGAAUAAGUGGCAAAGGAUUGCCAUUCUCAAAAAACCCCAACCAACGAGGUGAUCUAAUCGUGGAAUUCGAGGUCAGCUUCCCGGACUUUAUACCCACAUCAUCCAAAGAGGUGUUGAAGCGACACUUACCCAUCUCGUAGAUGGGAAGACUUAUUUCUUUUCCUCAGUAGUAUCACACUCUUGUAUAUACUGACAUGACUGCUUUGAAGUAUUGUGCUUGCACACCCCGGGAAGAAGCAUCAGUAACUGUUUCAAGAGAUUUCUCGAACAGCAAUAACUUUUUGUCAUGGUUCUUAAAAGGCAAGCUUUUCACUGUAUUCUGUUCAGAGCAAAUGUGGAACUUUUUGUACAUUUUUUUUUAUUUAGCAAAUUGUUUAUGUCGAUACGAAUGCUGGCUGACUUAAGCCAGUAUCGUUUAAAGACUGUCAAAGAAAUGAAUGCUAACGUGUUGAUGUGAAUGCUCCAUUCAAGAACUUGUUCUCAAGGAUGAAUUUCCAGGAUUUGGAAUGCACUAUGUGCUGUUAGCAACAUGUGUUUGUAUGCUGUCAUGUUAUCCACUAUAUAAUGUGUGUUUUUAUCAGUUUAGCACUUUCAUAAAGAAAUGUACCAUAAUUCUUUAAAUAUGUUCAUCACAGUGCAAUUUCAGCCCCUGUCUCUGCACACUGUCAAUUAGCUUGACAGCUGUUUGGAAAUGUGACAUUAUGAUGUAUAAUAAGCAGAUUGUUGGCUAAAAAAUGACAAGACCACUUAAAUAGUGAAAAUACCUACUGUGUUCUCAAAUUUCUCGCUCCCCCCCCCCCCCCAUUCAAAUCUGGAGAGCCCUUUUCUUUGCGAUAGGUUCUUAAUCAGCAGUGUAGUAGUUUAUCCUUGUGUGCAAUUCAACUACUGCACUGGCAGUUGGGGAUUUAUCGCAAGGUAAAGGACUUCUGAGGUGAGUUAAUUAAGAGAAGAUGCAAGAGGUGCCCUGGUGUGAUAUCAGGAUUUUGUUAGCAGUUUUAUUUGUAACUUAUCAGUAAAUGAAGUGAAUCGAACAAUACGGAUGGUAAUUACUAGGAUUCAAAGUUAAAGCAGGGUUUUUAUUGCAUAUUGUUUGGGAAAAAGUAUUACUUUUUAUUAAUAAAUACAAUACAAAGAUGGUUA